GUCCUUCUUCCUUGCCUUAUAUUUGUUCCAGCAUGAUGAAUAGACUAGCAUCAUAAUUGUACUUACUUGUCUUGUAUAUAAUCUGGCAUCCACCCUCCCCUUGAAUGUAAGCUCCACAGGGCAGGAAUUUUUGUUUGUUCUAUCCACUGCUGAAUUUGCUUAAUGUUCAACGAAGGAAUGAAAUUAGUAUACAUAUCGUAUCAGGUAAUAAAAAGUGCUACAAAGAAUGGUAAAGUCCAAAAAUGAACAAGUUAUUCCUAAUUGGUGUAGGGUUACUGGAUAGAAUCGUCUGAGGAGAUGACAUUUGAGUAAGGGGAUGAAUAAAGUGAGAGGUCGAGAUCCAGACAUCCACAGGGGCUACUGGCCUCAGAUCUAUCCUUGUUAGGGACAGGUGCCACCUUUCCUGUCUCCCAACAUUUUGCAAAGCACAUGGGUUUAGGGAAGAAUGAUUCUGCCCUGGGAAAUUAUCUCCAGAGAGCUCCAGAGCUCUCAUUUGUAGAUGUGUCUGCUCUGUACCAUGGAAGUUUACACUCUGGGGAGAGCAGGGGUGUUGUUCUUAGUCCGCUGCUGCUUUUCUACUACCCCAAGUUGGGUCUAGACAAUACCAGUAAGGAUGACGUGUAGGGUUCAAUGUUCCAUGAUCUGACCAUCACCUAGAACACUCUUAUGUCAUCUGCUACAGUUAACAUAAGAAGAAUGACACGGUCCCCGGACUGGUGUGGCUGAUCAACACAGCUUCAUAAGUGGUCAGUUUAAACACUCUUAUCCUCUGUCCCAGGAGAGAAGACCUAUCCUGUGGUGUAAAAAGACAGAGAAUGUUUUCUUAUCCUCAGUAGCGAUUCAGGAGUCUUCCCCUAUUCCAGACAGGCAGACUUGUGCUAGGUUGAAGGUGAUCACAUUUGUCUGACCUUGUGCAGAGCAUUGCAGUCGGGGCAUGUCACCAGGUUCUCAGGUUGAAAAUAUUUUCUCAUCCUAACCUGUCUUCCUUCUCUUUGGAGAACAGGACUAUGUGGCGCCAUGUUACCAGUCUUUGAUGUCUAGAUUUUACAAGGAGCAGAAAAAAGGAGUAAAUGAUGAACAAUCUCUCUAGUGCCACUGAAUUCUGCCUUCUAGGCUUUCCUGGGUCCCAAGAACUACACCACAUUCUUUUUGCCAUAUUCUUUUUCUUCUACUCAGCAACGUUAAUGGGAAACACAGUCAUCAUCGUGAUUGUCUGUGUGGAUAAACGUCUGCAGUCUCCCAUGUAUUUCUUCCUUGGUCAUUUGUCUGCCUUGGAGAUCCUGAUCACAACUAUUACUGUGCCCAUGAUGCUUUGGGGAUUGAUGCUCCCUGGGAUGCAGACAAUAUCUCUGGUUGCAUGUGUAACCCAACUCUUCCUGUACCUUGCUGUGGGGACCACAGAGUUCGCAUUACUGGGAGCAAUGGCUGUGGAUCGUUAUGUGGCUGUCUGUAACCCUUUGAGGUACAACAUCAUUAUGAACAGCCACACCUGCAUCUGGGUGGUCAUUGUGUCAUGGGUGUUUGGGUUCCUCUCUGAAAUAUGGCCAGUCUAUGCCACAUUUCAGUUUACCUUCUGCAAGUCAAAUCUGUUAGACCACUUUUUUUGUGACCGAGGGCAACUGCUCAAACUAUCCUGUGGUGACACUCUUUUCACAGAAUUUGUUCUCUUCUUAAUGGCUAUUGUCAUUAUCAUUGGUUCGCUGGCCCCAACAAUAGUCUCCUACACCUACAUCAUCUCUACCAUCCUCAAGAUCCCCACAGCCUCAGGCCGGAGGAAAGCCUUCUCUACGUGUGCCUCUCACUUCAUCUUUGUUGUGAUUGUCUAUGGAAGCUGCUCGUUCCUGUUUGUAAAACCUAAGCAAACACAGGCUGCUGAGUACAACAAGAUAGUUUCCCUGUUUAUUUCUGUGGUAACCCCUUUCCUGAACCCUUUCAUCUUCACCCUGAGGAAUGACAAAGUCAAAGAGGCCCUUCGGGAUGGUAUGAAACGCUGCUGUCGA